UACUUACAGAGACACCAAACACCGAGGAAAUAACUCCCCCUAUUUAUUCAGAUUUGCACAGCAAUGAUAUCACAAGUGCCAUUCCGACCGAGGAGCUUGCCACAGAGGAUAUCAGAGCUCCUACUCCUACAGAGGAGUAUGACACAGAGGAGAUCACGCCUCCCAUUCCGAUCAAGGGGCUCAAAAUGGAGAAAAUACAGACUCCAUUUCUCCCUGAGGAGCUUGGCACCAGCAAAAUCACAACUCUUAUUCCUGCAGCGGGGCUCAACGCAGAGGAAUUUACACCACAACUUCCUAUCCAAAAACUUGACACCAAGGAAAUAACACCUCUCAUUCCGACCCAAGAGACUGAGACAGAGGCAAUUAUGCCUUUAAUUCCGACUGACAAGUCUGACACCGAGGAAAUGACACCUUCCAUUCCGACCACGGAGCUCAACUUGGAGGAAUGUGCACCUCCAAUUCCAACCGAGGACUUUGAAUCCAAGGAAAGCAGUUCUCGCGUUCUUACCGAGGAAGUUGACACCACGGGAAUUUCUCCUCCCAUCCCUAGUGAAGAGCUUGACAGAGAGGAAAUAAUAGCGGCAAUUGCUACUGAGGAAAAGUAUCACUCUGAGAAUAUCAUACCUCAAGUUGAUACCGAGGAGCUUGACACAGAGGAACUAACCACAGAUGAAACAAAAGAAACCAACCAUUCCAAGUCAGACGACAACAUCAAUGAAUUAGACACCAUCGAAGAAAUCCAUGAAUUUGUGAACUGCCUCACAGAUAUAAACCAAGGCGAGUAUUCAGAGCAGUUGUCCGAAAGCAAAGAUGUUGGUGCAGAAGAUGAUCUUGAAGAUUUGGCAACCAAUCAAGGAGAAAACAAAGCCUCCGAAGUGGACAGUCAACUGCCUGUAUCUAUGGCAGAACAUGAAGGUCGAGAUGGAGGCAAGAGAUAUUUGGUGGAAUCUGCCAAACAACCUCAGGUUGAGGAUCACAUUCCUGUUGUGGAUGAGUUGCAAAGGUCAAGUGACAUACUAGACAACACAACAAAUUUACAUGAAGGUGUUACAGCAGAAUCAAUAAUUAAUGCACCAGAACCAGAAACAAUUGAUCAUACCGACCAUAAGGAAACAGACCCACAGCAAAACACUUUACAGGCAGCCACAAUACAUUUGGAAGAACAAAAAGUCAAAGUAACAUCACAUAACUUUCCCGCGGCCUAUAUGGAGGACCUAGAGCCAACAACAGAGAUUUUAUCUGAACCCAUCUUAAAUUCUGUUGAUGUUUCAGGAGCACAGACAGAAGCACUGGCUUUGCAGCAAGGUAGUGUUCAACUUGACGAAGAUGAAAUGCUUUCCAAGAAGGUUGUGAGUGAACUCAAAGAGAUGACUCAGCUCCUAACUGAUAUUAGUAUAGAACCAGAAAACAAAGAUGGCGCAAAGGAGCCAGUGGAGACAUCCACAGACGAAAUAGAAGCUGUACAAGCAACAUUGCUCGCAGCAGAGAAAGUAGAGCCAGACAAGAAGACAGUUGCAGGACUGCCCCAGGACAAAGCAAUCGUUGCACCUGAAAUUGAAUCUAUCCAGGAACAACAAAUAUUAGUAGCAACACCGAAAACCCAGUUUGAAUCGGAUAUAGCUGACGUCCAACACGAUGAACUCAAAGGAGACAUUCAUGGAGAAGACCCUCCAGGGGAAGAAGUGAAAGACGACAACGUGCCUCUGCUGGAAACUGACGCUGAGGAAACCGCAAAAGACCAGAAGACUAUAAACGACACUCAAAUGAAAUUCGUACAAGAAGACAAAGACAUAGAAGGAAGAGACCUGUCAGUUAAAGCGGAAGACAUACCAGAAAGUAUACUUGCACAAGAAACCUUGAUUGCUGAAGCGAAAUACAGACCUGCGCCUCUCACUGAGGAUGAACUAGUUAGCGCAGACCAGCAGGCCAAAUCUGACCUUAGUCCUGAACAGGAAGUGGUACAAGAGACAUGUGCAAAAUCAGAUGAACACAAAGAAAUAAGAGAAGACAUCCAUGCACCAAAAACCAUGACAGAAGAAUGUGGGGAGGAGAUGGUGCCUCAGCUUCAAACCAUUAUUGAGUCAGCAAAAGAUGAUGAGGUGGCAGUGGGUGCAUCUGAAAUUGAACGAGGGAAAGAAAUAGAAGAAACACAAUCCAAACAAUCAAUCCAAACCGACUCGGUUGUGGCAGAAGAAACCAUCAAUGCAGAAAUACAGAUAACAGAAGAACUCAAAGAGGAGACAAUGCAGUUGACUGAAGUUCAAGCAGAGAGUAACCAGAAAACAGUGGAUGUAACCAAAACAGAACCGAAUGCAGAUCAAGUUAUGGCAGAAGAGGGAAAGGCAACAACGGAAGAUAUUGCUGACAAAAGAAAAGUUUCAGUUGAAGUUAAAGAGGAGGUGGUAGCGCUAAGUGAAAUGAAUGUGGACCCACAGGAAAAAGACGACGAAGCAGUGAAUGAAACGGACAACGUAAAAAUGUCUGAAGUCUUAGCAUCAGAAGAAGCCAAUGUGGAAUUAUUUCAGUCUGAAGAAACAACAGAAGGUAGUCUGGUAGAGGAGAGCCUCCCAAGCGAACUCAAGGAGGGUGCAGAGCCAAUGUCUGAAUUGACUCUACAGCCAGGUAACAUAAACAUGAAGCAAGUAACUGUUUUGACAGAGGGUACUCUGGCAAAGAAAAGUGACGAUAACCAGAAUGAAGCAAUGAAAUCCAGUGCUGAAACAGAAGCACUGCUAGCUGUAAGGGAUGAGGUCCAAGAGCCGGAAGAAGUUCCUGCAGUUGAGACAGAAACAGUGGAGGAGGUGGCUACGCCUGGACUGGAAAUCACUCAACAAAGUAUCACUCAAACAUUUUCAAAGGAAACAUUGGAAGAGGAAAUUCCAAAAUCAGAAACGGAGAGAGAAAUUGUUUCAGAAGUAGAGCAAACCAAGGCUCCACCGGAUCAGGCUUUAGAUAAGCAGAAGAAUUUGGAACCAGAGAUCACAGUUGAUGACCGACCGCAAGAUGCUAAAGAGGGAGAGGAAGAUGGCACACUACAAGUCACAGAAGCACAUAUAUCCUUACACCAGGAGGGAAAAAAAUGCGCCCAGAGCCUUGAAAAUGUCAUUUUUGAAGAAAUCCCUGACGUUUGUGGAACUCUUGCAGACAAAGUCAAACUUGAGGCACGUGCAAGUGAUGUGGAAAACAGAACUACGGGAGAAAACUGUGAUUUACCAAAUGUAGAGGUGACAAUUGCUACAGGCGAGUAUGCUCUGGUGACUCAAGUGACCAUGUGCCGUUUUAAAGAAGUCUCAACUGCACUACCUGAUCGCAUUAGGGCACCAUCUUGCAUGCAAGAACCCCUCAUGGGAUCUGUAGUACCAGAAUCCACAGAAACUGCUGUGAAUGAAUUGCCAAUAAUGACCGAUGACUUGGCAGAGAUGGCACGGAUCAGCAAUGAGGCUGUGAUGAUGCAUGUGCCAGCAACAGUGAUGGAGGCCAACCACAGCAUUCAAGUACAAGUAGUCCAAAUGGAAACCACAGCAGCAGAGAGGAGCUUGGAUCAUAUGUCAGAGAUUGAGAUAAGAGAAAAAGGAUUCAUAGACAUCGGUAACAGAAAUAUUGAAGGGGUUGAAUUUGUUUCCGCAUCCUUGGGUGUCGAGGACGUAAUGCAUGAGGACUAUGCAGUGAUGUGUCAUGAGAUCGCUCCACAUGUAAAGGAUAACCAACUUGAGACUUUGAGGCAAAAAGUCCUAAAAGGAGCAAUAAACGUUGAACUUGGUAAAGUUGAUGGAAAUAUGGAAUUACUAUACACGGAGCAUGCUUGCAAAGGUGAGACUUUGGAAGAGGCAUUACAUGAAGAAGCUACCCCACAAAGUUUAGAGGUCCCCAAAUUUCAAAAGCGUUUGGAGGAAAAAGAGGAUAGCAAUUGGGCCCCGCAAGCAGAGGAGUCAAUGGCAGCAACUGAUAAAGCUGGUGAGGCACCGGUAGCGAAAGAGGAACCCUGUAUCCCAAAAAAUAGACAUAAAGACACAGAGACAACCAAGGAAGGUCAUCAAACCUUUGUAGUGCAAUCUUCCUUCCACCAGAUGGAGCCGGCUGACAGUCAAAAAGAAAAAAAUCCAAUUGAGAAAGGAGUUCAGCCACAGGAAGCUCUAUCCCAAACAGAUCUAGGAGAGUACCAAGACGUAAUGACAAAUGAGGAAGAUUUUCAGAUCCCAAAGGUAGAAGAACCACUAUCCCAAAGAGGUACAGAAGAACCCCUGUCCCUACUAGACCCCCUUGCUUCUCUUAAAACAACAGAGCAAAGUGAGGUUAGUGUACAGGCCAUUCUGGCACUGGAUUCAGUAGUUUCAGUUGACAACCAUAAGCAGACAGGGAUAUCUGAGGAAAAUGUUGAGGUACAACAAACCGUAAAGCCAUCAUUUCCAAAAGAGCCAGACGGGAAACAAAAAUCUGCAGCACUGACCAAGAAGAGUUGUCAGAAGCCAAAAACAGAGGAGCCAGUACUCAAAAAAGAGUCUACUGAAGACCAGAAACAGACGGACCUUCUAGAAAAACAUGUUCAGGCAAGCAAAAACCAAGAACCCCUAACCCAAAAAGAGUCCAUCGAUACCCAGAAACAAGUGGAGGUAACAAAAGAGCAUGAGCAAGCAAGAGAUGUCCAAGUGCCAUCACCCCAAAAAGAGUCCAUUGAGAUCCAGAAACAGACAGAGCUACAAGAUAAAUAUUUUCAGGCAAGUGAAACACAAGAGCCCAUUUCCCAAAAACAGUCAUCUGAGAGCAAGAAACAGACGGAGCUACAAGACAAACUUGUUCAAGCAAGCGAAAACAAAAAGCCUCUGCCUCAAAAAGAGUACACAGAGACCCAGAAACUGAUGGGGCUACAAGAUAAAUAUUUUCAGGCAAGUGAAACGCAAGACCCCAUAGCCCAAAACGAGUCAACCGAGAGACAGAAACAGAGGGAGCUACAAGACAAACUUGUUCAAGCAAGCGAAAACGAAAAGCUUCUGCCUCAAAAAGAGUACACAGAGACCCAGAAACAGAUGGGGCUAACAGAAGAGCACGAGCAGGCAAGAGAUAUCCAAGUGGCAUCACUUCAAAAGGAGUCCACUGAGACCCAGAAAGAGACAGAGCUAAAAGAGAAACUUGUUCAAGCAGGCGAAAACGAAGAGCCUCUGCCUCAAAAAGAGUCCACAGAGAUCCAGCAACAGAUGGAGCUACAAGUCAAGCUUGUUCAAGCAAGCGAAAACGAAAAGCUUCUGCUUCAAAAAGAGUACACAGAGACCCAGAAACAGAGGGGGCUAAAAGAAGAGGCUGAGCAUGCAAGAGAUAUCCAAGUGGCAUCACUUCAAAAGGAGUCCACUGAGACCCAGAAAGAGACAGAGCUAAAAGAGAAACUUGUUCAAGCAGGCGAAAACGAAGAGCCUCUGCCUCAAAAAGAGUCCACAGAGAUCCAGCAACAGAUGGAGCUACAAGUCAAGCUUGUUCAAGCAAGCGAAAACGAAAAGCUUCUGCUUCAAAAAGAGUACACAGAGACCCAGAAACAGAGGGGGCUAAAAGAAGAGGCUGAGCAUGCAAGAGAUAUCCAAGUGGCAUCACUUCAAAAGGAGUCCACUGAGACCCAGAAAGAGACAGAGCUAAAAGAGAAACUUGUUCAAGCAGGCGAAAACGAAGAGCCUCUGCCUCAAAAAGAGUACACAGAGACCCAGAAACAGAGGGGGCUAAAAGAAGAGGCUGAGCAUGCAAGAGAUAUCCAAGUGGCAUCACUCCAAAAGGGGUCCACUGAGACCCAGAAAGAGACGGAGCUGAAGGAGAAACUUGUUCAAGCUGGCGAAAACCAAGAGCCUCUGCCUCAAAAAGAGUCCUCUGAAAUCCAACAACAGAUGGAGCUAAAAGACAAACUUGUUCAAGCAAGCGAAAACCAAGAGCCUCUGCCUCAAAAAAUGUCCACCAAGAUCCAGCAACAGAUGGAGCUUCAAGAGAAUUAUUUUCAGGCAAGUGAAACACAAGAGCCCAUAGCCCAAAAAGAGUCAAAUGAGACCCAGAAACAGAUGAAUCUAACAGAAGAGCAUGAGCAAGCAAGAGAUGUCCAAGUG